UCCGUGAUCAACAACAACGGUGAACUCUUUCAGGACUUUCCUGCAUCGUGGUCUGUGCUGGUGGACAAGGGCUACAUUGGCCUGACUGCGUCGACGCGAGCCAUCCACCCGAAGAAGCGUCCCUCGAACGGAUCCCUCGAUCGCCACGACCUGGAACGGGACGCCAACGUCUCGUCAGAUCGUGUCAUCGUGGAGAACUUCUUCGGGAGGGUGUGUCUCCUGUGGAAGAUCUCCUACGCAACGUUUGUGUGGGGUACGAAGUGCUACGAUGCCAUCCAACGCCUUACCUUCACGCUGACCAACUUCCACCUGACGCUCAUGGCCCUGCGCCAAGAGGAUCAGCAUCAGUACCGCGCAGUCCUGGCACAUUACCGACGUAUGGUGGAAGAAAACAACGCCAAGCGCGCCGCCAUCCAGCGUCGCUACGCUGUUCGUCGCGCGGAGAGAAUGGCUACGGAGUCGUUGCGUUCUUCUUUUGCUGCUCGCGUGUCUUUCUCACCUUCCGCGAACACCCGCCGCUAA